UGUGGCCCAAGACAAUUCUUCUUCCAGUGUGGCUCAGGGAAGCCAAAAGUUUGGACACCCCUGACAUAGAGGCUCAUCCUUCCCUAAGUCAGAUUCUUGCUUUUUAUAAACCUUUUCAGUUUCAGCCUCUGGUGUACCCAUUUCACCCUUCUCCCAGGCCCCUAUACCUUCAAGCUAUACUCUCCUAAACUUGGACUACUUCAGAGGCUCUAAGUAUAGUCUUUCUGUCCUCAGAUUUCCUAUUUUCAUUGUCCCCAUUUCUCAUCUCAAUAUUUCAUUAACGUGCAUCAGAUCUUGUCUAGAUGGUAAGAGGAAAACAAUCUGGUGGAACUAAUUUACCUUAAUCUGUAAAUGACUCAUGAGCUCUUAACUCUUUCCAAGGUUUUUCACAUUUUUUGUAAGUCUGUAAGAGGUUGCUAUUGACUCAGAUAAUUUUAAAAUAAAAAUUGCAGGCUGCGUUGGGGGAAAGAAUUUCUAGUCUUCUGCAUAAAUAAGUUAAGCCUUACUAGGAUUUUGCCCUUGGUUUCUUCCCACUCCUGGAAGCGUGUGCAUAUGUGUAUUGCUGUAUAUGUUUGUGUAUGUGUAUAUAAUAAUGAUUCCCAUAGCAUGGAGGGGAGAAGAUGCAAGAACAGUGAUUAUAAAUCCCUUUGACUAUAUGGAUUAUUAAUGAGAUAGAUAUUUGAUGAUGACUUACACCGUGUUUAUAGGAACAGAGAAGCAAAGACCUAGGAUCUCAUGACUGAACUUGAAUUCUUAAAAGGCAGGUGUUGGGGCCAGACUCGAUCCAUGAUGUGUAACACUAACCACUUGUAGUUCCUGUAUUGGGAGAGCAUCUUUUGCUUUCUUGGGAGAAUAGCCAUGUUAUAGGAGUGCACCAUAUAGCUUUUUAAGAAAGAACAAGUAUUAAGGAUGAGAGAAUGAAAAGGAUUGUAGCUAAAGUAACAGGAUGCCCUGUUAUUGGAUUGGCAAUUCAUUGAGAUACCGGUUUACACAGAAGGCCUCCGUUUUGGAAUAUGAAAGGUUGCUGAUCAGAUUCUGACUCAAGACAUUGGGUUUCAUUGCACAGCAACCUUUCCAGAAAUGUUAUUUAUCGUAGAAACUUUGCUAGGAAUAAAGGGGGACAAAAGAGUAAUGAAACCUAAUUCUGCCCUCGGGGUGCUUAUAACCUAACAGUGACUUGUUCUGCAGAGCCAGGCAGGUUGCCUUCCUUGUGCCAUGACUCCUUCACAGCUGCACAGCAUUUACCACAUUGUGUUAAACCCAUCCAGAGUAAUGGCUGCGGCCUUACCCAGGACCCUGGGGGAGUUGCAGCUGUAUAGAAUAUUACAAAAAGCCAAUCUACUUUCUUAUUUUGAUGCCUUUAUCCAACAAGGUGGGGAUGAUGUCCAGCAACUCUGUGAAGCAGGAGAAGAGGAGUUUUUGGAAAUCAUGGCACUCGUGGGCAUGGCUAGCAAGCCCCUUCAUGUUAGAAGGCUGCAGAAGGCUUUGAGAGACUGGGUCACAAACCCUGGGCUUUUCAAUCAGCCGCUGACUUCCCUUCCCGUCAGUAGCAUACCCAUCUAUAAAUUACCAGAGGGAUCACCGACAUGGCUGGGAAUAUCCUGCAGUAGUUAUGAAAGGAGUAGCAAUGCCCGGGAACCUCAUUUAAAAAUCCCCAAAUGUGCUGCUACCACCUGUGUGCAGAGCUUGGGACAGGGGAAGUCAGAUGUGGUCGGGAGCCUAGCACUGCAGAGUGUUGGUGAGUCCAGACUCUGGCAAGGCCACCAUGCCACUGAGAGCGAGCACAGCCUCUCCCCAGCAGACCUGGGCUCCCCCGCGUCCCCAAAGGAGAGCAGCGAGGCGCUGGAUGCUGCCGCUGCGCUCUCUGUGGCUGAGUGUGUGGAGCGGAUGGCCCCCACACUGCCGAAAAGUGACUUGAACGAAGUGAAAGAGCUGCUAAAAACCAACAAGAAGUUGGCCAAAAUGAUAGGUCACAUCUUUGAGAUGAACGAUGAUGAUCCACACAAAGAGGAGGAAAUUCGGAAAUACAGUGCAAUAUAUGGCAGAUUUGACUCAAAGAGGAAGGAUGGGAAACAUCUCACGCUCCAUGAGCUCACUGUUAAUGAAGCAGCUGCUCAACUCUGUGUGAAGGAUAAUGCCCUGCUGACAAGAAGAGAUGAGCUUUUUGCCUUGGCUCGGCAGAUUUCUCGAGAAGUCACCUAUAAAUAUACUUACAGAACCACCAAGUCAAAAUGUGGAGAAAGAGAUGAAUUAUCCCCAAAGAGAAUUAAAGUGGAGGAUGGGUUUCCAGAUUUCCAGGAUUCUGUGCAAACGCUCUUCCAGCAGGCUAGAGCUAAGAGUGAAGAACUUGCAGCUCUUAGUUCACAGCAGCCUGAAAAGGUGAUGGCAAAGCAGAUGGAGUUCCUUUGCAACCAAGCUGGCUAUGAGAGACUACAGCAUGCCGAGAGGAGGUUGUCUGCAGGGCUUUACAGGCAGAGCUCAGAAGAGCACAGUCCUAACGGCUUGACUUCCGAUAACUCAGAUGGACAAGGAGAAAGACCUUUGAAUCUCCGAAUGCCUAAUUUACAGAACAGACAACCCCAUCAUUUUGUGGUGGAUGGGGAGCUGAGCAGACUUUACCCCAGUGAGGCAAAGUCCCACUCAUCAGAGAGCCUUGGGAUUUUAAAAGACUACCCUCACUCAGCUUUUACCUUAGAAAAGAAAGUCAUCAAAACAGAGCCUGAAGAUUCAAGAUAGCUGUGAUUUCUCUCACCGUUUUCUGGAAAUGGCAUCAGAUUUAAGGAUAAUACUCCAUCAUAGAAAUAAGCCUUAAUAACCAGUGUUGCCUCAUUCAGCUCAAACAGAUUUCAUAGCCAAAGCAAAAGGACUGGUACGGUAGUCUGUGGAAACUGGGAAGAUAAAACAACAGCCACAAAAGACAAAAUCAAAAGAGUGUUGCAAUCUAUAAUAGUAAUAUUGAUUCAUUCACAUUCCUGUGUUAAGUCAUUUUAUAUGGAAAGGCUUACAAAUCAAUAUUGUAAGCAUUCAUUAUUUAAGAAUGUACGAUGUAUUUGUGUAAUUUAUAGAAGUAAAAUCUAGAUGUUGAGACCUGUUUGGUCCAAUAGAUGUGGAUACAGUUUAUUUUACUUGAAAUUUUGUUGUCUACUUUGUGUGUUUAACGUAAAUAUAUGUCAGAGUUUAAAAUCUUUGCCUGCAGUUGUGAAAAAGAAAGCUUAAGUGAUGUAGUUAUUGGCAAGAUUGCAAUGAUUAUGGAAAAAUAGAAAGCAAAUACUCAGUUUAAGCCAAGGAAAAUAUUGUGGAUUUAAUAUUUGAUAAAACUGAUUUUGUUUAACAGGAAAUGUUGAGCAUUCACUCAUAUAACAUCUGGUUAUCAAUGCACGUUUACACAAUAAAUACUUGAGUGGAGGAAAGUUAAAAAGAUGAGCAAUAGAGUAGAAAAUAUCUCUUAAACUAGUUGACCUAGAUUGCAUUAAUAACUAUUUGAGAUGUUUCAAAGAUAGGAAGCUAUUACGUGGACAGAGAACUUGAAAUAAGUGGACCCAUGUAUAAAACCUUUGACUUAAACAUUGAUAUUUCAGAAUGUGUUAAAUAGAUUAAGACAUAGUAAGUUAACCCUACAUGUUAUAAAGAUGGUGACUGUUAACAAAGGCUGUAACAGAUUAAGUACUAUUUUAUAUCCAGAAAGUCUUCUCUAUGUAGAGAAGUCAGAGAGACUAGAUGCUCUCACCAGGGAAUGUCUUCCCACCCAGCCAUCACAAGUGUGGACAGUCACUGCAUCCACAUCUGUAGGCAUAUUUCUAUGGAAGUUUAGUUGACAGCUAUAUUCAUUAUUUAUUUUACGAUUUCAUUUUUCUACACCUUUGAGAUUUAUGAAUGCAGUUUUUUCUUAAAAUUUAUUUUAAUUUGACAGUAUGUUUUUAGUUCCCCCAAUUUAAUUAGUGGACCAUAUGCAUAUAUAUGGGAGUAUGCUUACAUGUUAAUAAUAUACCUGCAUACUUACAAGAAUUUCACAUUGGAAUUCAUAAUGGUAAAAAAAACAUACAUCUGCCAAUAUACAUUUUUUCUGUUGGUUUAAGAGAAGAUAACUGACAGCUUUACCUGCUUCCUAUAGAUGCAUCUAAACCCAGAUAUUGCUGAGAAGAGUGUAUUGACUCUAAGACUGAGUGUAAGAGAGUAUGUGUUUUUUUGUUUUUAGUUCUGCUCUAGAUCAUAACUGUAAAAAAUAUUAAGUCAUAAUCUGUUACACUAAAAUUUGUCAGCCAAAUGUUAGAUGAAAUGUCUGCACUGUAGUCUCAGAUCACUGUCACAUAUAUAAAUUGCUUCUUCAUUUUAAUUUGUAGAAGUAGGAAACACCAGUAAACAACUUUUAUACUGUUAAAAGGCAUUUUUCCCCUUCCUAAAUGUUUUAAUUGUAUCAUAGUGUUUUGCUCACUGAAGAAGCUUUUUAUGGACCUUGCAACUUUGUUGCUAGCUUGAGGUUGAUUAUUGUGGUUGUAUUGUUCACUGUGUGUAGAAAUAGUAUGAGUACGAUUUCAAUAGACUGUUCAGUUUUUAAUAUUAGCCAUAGCACUGGUUAGUAUCUCAGUAGUUUCAUGAAACGUUUCCUGUAUUCCAAUCUAUUUUGAAACUUUUUGUUUUUUUUUUAAAUUGUGUCUUACAGUCAAGUUUGUAGAUUUUCAUAAGCCACAAUUUUAAAAGAUGCAGUAAUCUUCCAACUUCCAAUAUUUAUCCAUUCGUUGUGGACCCACGCAUUGCAUCUUUAAAUUCAUAAUAAGUUUCCUUAACUAUCUUAUGUUUCUGGUCUUUUAAGCUUAGUGAUAAGGUGGAAGCACAAGAAAAAUUUCAGUAGAAUACAGUUUUUAUUUUGUAAACACUAAUGUAUUAAACUUGCUAUACAUUAAAGCAAAUAAUAUAUAUUUUUAUUUGAAUUGUAUAUGUGAAUUGGAAGUUAUAACUAGUUGAUUUUUUCAUUUUGUUAGAGGUAUUUUCACUGAACAAGGUCAAUUGGUUACCUCAGUAUUACAGCCAAUAUAGUCCAAGGGACCAUUUCUCCCCGAGUCUCUUACACUUUAUUGUGCGAUGUCCACGUUUUUGUGACUCUUCAAGCUGUUGGUGAGGUGGGACGAGUGCACUUGCUUCCUGUGGCAAUAAAGAUUUUCUGUGCCUCACA